UUAAUUUUGGUAUACGUGCGUGUAUCAUCGUCUCUCUCUCUCUCUCUCUAGUUGGUGGAAUUCCCAAAUCUCUCACAAAUCGUAUUCAAGGAUAUUUUCUAGGGUUUGUUCGUUUCUGCGGCGACGAUGAUAUAUAACUACCAUGAUAAGCUGCGAUGUGAUGGUGAAACGAGCUUCAGCGUCGGUUGACGACAAGCUUAACUUGUUGCCGAUGAAAAAGCAGAAGCUGGACGAGGGAUACUUUGAAAGCGAAUUCGAAACCGAAACCGAGAGCGAGAGCGAAGGCGAAGUAGAAGACGGGAUGGAUUACAGAGGGUUAGAAGACGUGGAAGAAACGGAACCGGAGUGGGAUGUGGACAGCUUUGAUGGUCGGGAAUACGAAUCAGAUGCAGAGAUUCGUGACAGCUUUGCUAACGAAAAUGAUUACAUGGAAUACCGCGAAGAAAGGAUCCAGGCUCUGGAGGAUAGGGGGUUUUUACCAGAUCCAUUCAAUUACAUUGGCGCUAUUCAGAAUCUGGAUGGACCAGCUUAUGGAAACAUGACUAAUAGGGAGUACUUGGCGGGUCUUGCUUCCAUGUGCGUUAAGAAACUCAACGAGGUUAAGGGAAAGACUGUGGAAUUUGAUAGUAUUGUGAGAGCCACUAGAAAUGCUGGAGGAGCUAGUUGGACAAUCUCGUUUAUGGCUCGAGAGUAUCCGAGUGGGCCUCUCCUGGAGUAUCAGGCUAAGGCCAUGAAUUUCGUUGGACAAUCUCGAGAUCCUGUUCCCAUUCUCUGCAGACCUGCCCCUAUAAAACCCUUCAUCUAAGAAGACUUACAUAGAUGGUUAUGUUGAUGUUUUGGCUACCAGAAGAGCGAGGCUUCCAGCUAUAGUUAAAGCUACGAGUUGGAUCUGGGUGGACUUUGUUUUAUCUCAUUGUUUGCUGUGUAAUAUGACCUAAACCUGUAACUUAAUAAGUUGUGCGAUAUAAUUAUGAAGUUUAAUGGUUAAUGAAUUAUGUUUCUUUA